UAUUGUGAUUAUGUUCAAAGCACACCGAACUAAAGAAGCUUUGCUUCCAUUUCCGUCGAGCAGAAAGCUUCUGCUGAACAUGGAUGCUUUCCUUUUCAUUGUUUUCACUUUCGUGUUGAGCUUCCAAACUCAUUUUGCUCAAGGAAGUGAACUACCUCGUACCACAAGCAGUUCAAAAACAUAUAUUAUCCAUGUGAAGGGGCCACAGGAUAAGUCACUAGAUCAAACAGAAGAUUUGGAGAGCUGGUACCAUUCAUUCAUGCCACCUACUAUUAUGAGCUCUGAGGAACAGCCUCGAAUGAUUUAUUCAUACCUCAAUGUGAUGAGUGGUUUUGCUGCAAGACUCACUGAAGAAGAGUUGAUAGCUGUGGAAAAAAAGGAUGGCUUCAUUUCUGCUCGUCCCGAAAGGAUACUGCAUCGCCAAACCACAAAUACCCCACAAUUUUUGGGGCUGCAGAAACAAACGGGAUUGUGGAAAGAAUCAAACUUUGGAAAGGGGAUAAUAAUUGGGGUGUUGGAUACUGGAAUCACGCCUGGUCAUCCUUCAUUUAGCGAUGCAGGAAUGUCCCCGCCACCACCGAAAUGGAAAGGGAGAUGCGAAAUUAAUGUGACAGCUUGCAACAACAAACUAAUUGGAGUAAGGACUUUCAACCACGUCGCGAAGUUGAUUAAAGGAGCAGAGGCAGCCAUUGACGAUUUUGGACAUGGGACUCACACAGCAAGCACAGCUGCUGGUGCUUUUGUUGAUCAUGCAGAAGUACUAGGAAAUGCUGAAGGCACAGCAUCAGGGAUUGCCCCUUAUGCUCACCUGGCAAUUUACAGGGUAUGCUCUAAAGUCUGUCGAGAGAGUGAUAUAUUGGCUGCAUUGGAUGCAGCUGUGGAGGAUGGAGUAGAUGUAUUAUCAAUAUCCCUCGGCUCGAAAAGGGCAAAGCCUUUUUUCGAUCAUGGCAUUGCUAUAGGCACAUUUGCAGCAAUGCAGAAGGGAAUUUUUGUAAGUUGUGCUGCAGGAAACGAUGGCCCUCUCCCUGGUUCCGUAAUUAACGGAGCGCCUUGGAUCCUCACAGUUGGAGCAAGCAAUAUCAACAGAAGCAUUGCAGCAACAGCAAAGCUAGGAAACGGGCAAGAAUUUGAUGGUGAAUCUAUUUUCCAGCCUUCUGAUUUUUCUCCAACAUUGCUACCCUUGGCAUAUGCUGGAAUGAAUGGCAAACAAGAAGAUGCAUUUUGUGGUAAUGGAUCCUUGAACGAUAUUGAUUUCAGAGGCAAGGUUGUUUUGUGUGAGAAAGGAGGAGGCAUAGAAAAAAUUGCCAAAGGAAAGGAAGUAAAGAGAGCUGGUGGUGCAGCCAUGAUUCUCAUGAACGAUGAAAAGAGUGGCUUUAGUCUCAAUAUUGAUGUACAUGUUCUUCCCACAACACAUGUAAGCUAUGAUGCUGGACUUAAGAUUAAAGCCUAUAUAUACUCCACCGCAACACCUACAGCUACCAUUUUAUUCAAGGGAACUAUAAUUGGAAACUCCUUAGCUCCUGUUGUUACAUCCUUCUCUGGAAGAGGUCCCAGCUUGCCAAGUCCUGGUAUUUUGAAACCAGACAUCAUAGGACCAGGCUUGAACAUCCUAGCUGCCUGGCCAUUCCCCCUGAAUAACAAUACUGCUUCAAAAUCCACUUUCAACAUUAUGUCUGGCACAUCAAUGUCAUGCCCACAUCUUAGUGGCGUAGCUGCUUUGCUCAAAAGCUCUCAUCCUCACUGGUCACCAGCUGCCAUAAAAUCUGCCAUAAUGACUUCUGCAGACAUAAUCAGUCAUGAACGGAAACACAUUGUUGGUGAAACACUUCAACCUGCAGAUGUCUUUGCCACAGGUUCAGGUUACGUGAAUCCAUCAAGAGCAAAUGAUCCUGGGUUAGUUUAUGAUAUCAAGCCUGAUGAUUAUAUACCUUAUCUGUGUGGUUUAGGCUAUAAGGAUACAGAAGUUGAGAUCAUUGCAGGUAGAACAAUUAAGUGCUCUGAGACUUCAAGCAUUCGCGAAGGAGAGCUCAAUUAUCCCUCAUUUUCUGUUGUGCUUGAUUCCCCGCAGACAUUCACAAGGACUGUGACAAAUGUGGGUGAGGCUAACUCAUCUUAUGUUGUCACGGUUAGUGCACCAGAUGGGGUUGAUGUGAAGGUCCAACCAAAUAAACUUUACUUUUCAGAAGCAAACCAGAAAGAGACAUAUUCAGUGACAUUCAGCCGUAUAGAGUUGGAUGAUGAAACUGUGAAAUAUGUUCAAGGAUUUUUACAAUGGGUCUCUGCCAAACACACUGUAAGGAGCCCUAUCUCGAUCAGCUUUGUAUAAGACAACAACGUUGUUAGUAAUAACAAGGACAAUCAGCACACCUAGCAGCACAUAGGCCAUUUCAGCAACCUCACGUAGGUCAUAACAGAAUUAGUUUAUGUUAUGCAAUAGUCCAAUUCUGUUAGGCUAAUAUUCUCACUAGCAGACAAACAAUUAUAUGCAUAAAUAAGCACUAAGUGAAUGGAAAUGACAGAGAAGAAUUAUGAGAUACUUGUUAGUGUAGUUUACCAUAGCUAGCUUAGUUCGUAUUCGUAACAAACGUCUUGCCAGCUACAACUGGUAUUAAGUGGCAUGUCAAUCAUACCACAACAUUUUGUUUUCUAUUUUCAUUCCAUCAAUGCAUAAGGAAAAUUUAAACUA